AUGGACCUUUCUGCAGAAACAGCGUUUGACAUUUUGCGUACAGCUCACUUCUACCAAGUUUCCAGUUUUGUACAGUAUUGUGCAGACUUGUUGAUGAAAGUCAUUACAACGGACAACGCAUGUGAUGUUCUCAGUAACGCGAUGUUGUACGACCUCACUGCACUGAGAGACACCUGCUGUUCUUUUAUCGACAACCAUACAUUGGAAGUCCUCGAAUCUGAAAGUUUUAUGAAUCUGAAUGAGAAAUGCCUGCUGUAUAUUCUAAAGGGUGAUACAUUGUAUGCCGAUGAAACAAAGAUAUUGGAAGCAGUUGAUAAAUGGGCAAGAAAGAAGAUUGCAGAAAAUGGAGAAGAAGUUAAUGGCAUGAAAGUCCGUAAAUUUAUUGGCGAGUGUUUUUAUCGAGUACGGAUACAAACUAUGACAAGUGAAUCAUUACUUAGAAGUGUAAGUAGGAAGGGGUACUUUUCAUUAGAAGAAUAUGCAGAUAUUUCAGGUUACAUCAACAGAAUACAACGUGUGGCUGUUUGCACAAACUCCUGUGAAAGGCGUAUUCCUGAGACAGAAACAUUAAUGGUAAAUAGUUCCGAAAGUGAUGAGAAAAAAUACAUACAUGAUAGCAUUACUAGUACAGUUCAAAUAGCUACAUAG